AUGUCUCUGCAACUUCAUGAUAAUCAACAAACCCUUAUAGACGAUGAAGAACAUGUUGUAAAUUCUACAGAGAGAUUUUCCUAUCAUGAUCCACCUGAAUCUUUUUGCCUCUCUAAAGAUUCAGAACGAGAUUGGUUUGAUCAAAAUGCAGCCAUGCAAAGAAAAACCUCAAUGAAAUUUGCAUUUUCAGGCAAAGCCAAUAAUAAAAAUUCCAAGAUUUUAUCUCACAAUUCUGUCUCAUCUUUAAACCAACAAAAUCAAAAUCCAUCACUUUUUUCCAUUCCCAAGACUCGAAAAUCUUUCUCGGCUGAUGGACAUCCACGUGUCAACAAGGCAGCGAAACCAAAAUCCCGGUUCACUAGAAGCCGGUCUGAACCGGGAAAAAAGAUAUUGAGACAGGUGUCUGAACCGGGUUCACCAAAAGUGUCAUGCACAGGUAGGGUCCGCCGGUCCAAGUCAAAGAAAGAUACUAGUAGGACAAUAAGAACCGGGUUUUGGAAAAAGGUUAGAGCGGUUCUUAAAAUCCGGUCCGAAGAAAAAGGAGUGGCUGGUGUACGAACUGCUGAACCGGACCUGUCCGUGUCUGGUUCAGUAGUUCUGAAGCGAUCUACGACUCGUCGAUGGUCAGAGUAA